CAGCCAACUUCAAGUCGAAGCCAAGUCAAAAUAACGCGCAAAAUUAUAUAAAUUUUCAAUUGAAGACGAUUCAACGUUCACAAUGUCGCACCACAUGCCCCGGCGGACCAGCGAGUUUCGCGAGAGUGCUCUGGAGGACAACAGCGUGGCCGACAGACGCCAACAAAGAUCCACCAUGCGCAGCGGAGUCACACCGACUCCCAAAUCCCACCAGAAGUUGAACCUGAGACCAUCGCAGAGCCGUAUUUCGCAGCCCCUGUACUUGGAUCGAGAUCGGGCCAGCCAGAUGGCGGUGACCCCCAAGCCCAGUCUGCGACGCCCCAUGUUCUCCUCCGUGGAGCGUGCGGUGGCCCUCCACUCGGACAAGAAGUGGGUGGCCGAGAGGUCGCAGCAAAUCUUCGCGUACCUGCGCGACGUGUCCAGCAACCCAACCCACAGCCUGGACAUCAACAGGAUCAACAGUCUGCGCCAAAUGACCAUCAAGGAGUUUGUGGGCAUAAUUAAUCACUUUUUCCACCAAAUCUUCGGCAAUCGGGUAACCGUGGGCCACAACCAUGUAGAGGACAUUACGGCCGCCAUGCAGAAGCUGAAUUAUCCUCACCAGAUGGGUAAAUCGUGGCUUAUGUCGCCGACUACGCAGCACUCGUUCGGCCAUGUGAUUGUCUUAUUGGACUUCCUUAUGGACUUUGCGCCAUCCUCGGAGGAGCUGGACACUGAAUUUUCGUUCACAGACACCUCGUAUCAGCACAGCGUGGCCAGCGAGUCAAUCUCCGUGAUGUCCACCACGCAAGUUCAACAGGCUCUGCAGCUGGACGAGGAGCUGAACGGCCUGCUCUUUGCCGCCUGCCGGCCAUGCAUCGUUCUGUGGGAUCAGGAGAAGACCGAGGAGGAGGACAAGAUGAAGACCAAGACCAGCGAGCUGAUACUAUCCAAGAAGUACGAUCUGGAGAACCUGCAAGCCCUGGAGCAGGAGAUCAACAACCUGCAAGUGAAGAAUCUGAAACUUAAAGAGCAGCUAAGCAGCGAUAACGGGAAUCUAAACCAACUGAAGCAGCUUACACAGGAGCAGGAUCUCUUGGCCAAAGACUUGGCUGCCAGCCAGAAGGAACUGGCCCACCAAAUGGACCAUAACGCCAAGUUAACCGCCAAGGCCAAUGAAUACCAGACAGAGUUCGAGCGUCAGGUGGAGUACGAGCGACGUCUGCAGCAGAACGUGAAGAACCAAAAGUACAACAUUAAGCAGCUCAAGGAGCUGCAGACGCAAGCCAGCGACCUGGUGAACCAUUCCAAGGCGUACGAACGACAGGUGGAGAACGUCUCGGACGCGGAGCUCAACCAGCAGGUGAUGCUGGCCCGGGCCAAGCAAAAGCAACUGGACUCGGUGGUGGCCUACAACCGGAAUGUCCAUAAACUGACCAUAGACUCUGUGAUCUGCCAAUUGAAGCGAGACGGCGGCCAGCAAUUGAACCUAGCCCUGCCGCUGCAGCCUACACUGUCGGACAUCGACGAACGUGUUCAGUGUCUGGAGGUGCUGGGCAAGCUUCUGCAGCACCAGCGUCGUCUCACGGACGAGCGGCGUCAGCAGCUGGAGCAGCAAAAGGAAACCUUAGCGGGCGAGGAAAUCAAAAUAUACAAGCGUGUUGAGUCUCUAAAUUCGGAGUUGGCCGCCUUGAGGCAGCACCGCUCCAAACUGGAAGUCAGCCACAAGACCAAGUUGGACGCCUUGCUGCAGCAUCAGCAGCAGCUGCUGGAAAAGGACUUGGCGCUGCGGGUCCAGCUGGAGGAGCAGCAGAAGGUGUGCGAGACAUUGUCGCAGAAACUGGCGGACUUGGAGGCUCGCAAUGAAGAGAUCAUGACCUCGGCUGAACGGUAUCAGGAGGAGGAUCUGCAGGCUCGAAAUGCCCGCUGCGAUGAGGUGGAGAAAAAACUGAAGGAAGCUAAAAACGAGCUGGAGGCCUUUAAUGUCACGCUCGCCACCAAUAAGGCUAAGCAGGAGCUGGCCAAGGAGGAGUUGGACUCACUCCCAAUGCCAUCGUUUGAGCCAGUGGUGGAAGCUAUUAAUAAACUUUGUUUUUAACCAUAUAUUAUUUAUUAUUAAUAAACUAAUUAUUUAUUUGUGCAUUGAA